CUCUUGCGAUACCUACCCAUGCUUGAUUUCGAGGACGUCGAGGAACGCGACGGAGUGCGAUUAUCGUGGAAUGUUUGGCCCUCGUCGCGUAUAGAAGCGACUCGAACUGUCGUGCCAAUUGCUGCGUUAUACACGCCCUUAAAACAGCGAGAGGACCUUCCCCCGGUUACAUACGAGCCAGUGGCCUGCAAGCCUCCUUGUCGCGCCAUUCUCAAUCCUUACUGCCAGAUUGACCUCCGGGGAAAGCUUUGGAUCUGUCCCUUUUGUCUCUCCCGCAACGCCUUUCCGCCUCAUUACAAAGAUAUAUCUGGCUCCAACCUUCCCGCAGAACUUUUGCCCAAAUACACAACCAUCGAAUACACCCUCGCCCGGCCAGCAACCGUUCCUCCCGUCUUCCUUUUCGUAGUUGACACUUGCCUCGAUGAAGAAGACCUAAAAGCUCUCCGUGACGCCCUCGUCGUCAGCCUGAGUCUUUUGCCGCCCUACGCUCUCGUUGGGCUUAUCACAUAUGGGACAAUGACACAAGUUCACGAGAUUGGCUAUGCAGAGUGCAACAAGUCUUACGUUUUCCGUGGCGGGAAAGAGUAUCAGCCCAAGCAGAUUCAGGACAUGCUUGGGCUGACCCCUUCUUCUCGUGCUGCCCCUCGCCCCGGACAGCCAAUGCCCCAGCAGUCAUUCGGCGCCUCUCGAUUUAUUCUACCUGUUUCCCAGUGCGAGUUCCAGCUCACGGGUAUCUUGGAAGGUUUGGCGCGCGACCCCUGGCCCGUUGCCAAUGACAAACGACCUCUUCGUUGCACUGGUGUGGCAUUGGGCGUUGCGAUUGGGCUUCUUGAGACCACCUACCCCAACACUGGUGCACGUAUCAUGCUCUUUGCUGGAGGUCCGGCCACGGAAGGCCCUGGUCAAGUCGUCAGCAACGAGCUGAAGGAACCUAUUCGCUCCCAUCACGAUAUUGACCGUGAUGCUGCCAAGCACUACAAACGGGCGACCAAAUUCUACGAAGGCCUCGCUAAGCGAGCUUCAAACAACGGACAUGCCGUUGAUCUUUUCGCUGGAUGUCUCGACCAGGUUGGACUGCUUGAAAUGAAGUCUCUUCCCAACUCCACCAAUGGUGCCAUCGUUUUGUCGGACUCGUUUGCCACGUCCAUCUUCAAGCAAAGCUUUUUGCGGUUGUUUAACAAGGACGAGCAUGGUCACCUUCACGUCGGUUUCAAUGCCUCGUUUGAUGUCCAGACGACCAAAGAAUUGAAGGUUUCUGGUCUCAUUGGACAUGCUAUCUCGGCUGGCAAGAAAUCACCAUGCGUUGGCGAGACCGAAAUCGGUAUUGGACAAACGUCGGCCUGGAAGAUUAACGUCAUCAACCCCCGCACUUCCACCGCCGUAUAUUUCGAGGUGGUCACUCCUGCUGGUCAACCACUGCAGCAAGGCUCCCGAGGCCUGAUUCAAUUCCUCACACACUAUCAGCAUUCGUCGGGCUUCCAGCGCUUGCGUGUCACUACAAUUGCGCGCAACUUUGCGGAAGCCGGUUCCCCAAGCAUUGCAGCCUCAUUCGACCAAGAGGCCGCUGCAGUUCUCAUGGCCCGUAUUGCUGUGUUCAAGGCCGAGAUUGACGAUUCUCCUGAUGUUCUGCGGUGGUUGGAUCGCAUGUUGAUUCGGUUAUGUCAGAAGUUUGCCGACUACCGCAAAGAAGACCCUACGAGCUUCAGAUUGUCGGACAACUUCAGCAUUUACCCUCAAUUCAUGUUCCAUCUUCGGAGGAGUCAAUUCCUGCAAGUCUUCAAUAACAGUCCUGACGAAUCUGCAUUCUAUAGGCACAUUUUGAACGAGGAGGAUGUUAACAACUCCCUCAUUAUGAUUCAACCCACGCUAAUGUCCUACACGUUUGACACACCGUCGCAGCCCGUCCUCCUCGACAGUGUGUCCAUCAAGCACGAUGUUAUCCUUCUUCUCGAUACCUUCUUCCAUAUCUUGAUCUUCCACGGCGAGCUUGUUGCUCAAUGGCGCAAGCAGGGGUACCAAGAUCAGGAAGGUUAUGACAAUUUCAAGGAGCUGCUUGAACAGCCCGUUGCGGAUGCCCAAGACCUUUUGGCGGAUCGUUUCCCGAUUCCUCGGUAUAUUGUCUGCGACCAGGGGGGCAGUCAAGCUCGGUUCCUGCUUUCAAAAUUGAACCCUUCGACGACACACAUGACGAACAACAUGUAUGGCACACCACAAGGCGGCGCGGGCCAAGCGAUUUUCACGGACGAUGUGAGCCUGCAGGUGUUCAUGGAGCAUCUGAAGCGUUUGGCGGUUGGAGCACAAACGAAUUGA